AUGCCUCCAGGUUAAUUGUAAGCUAAUAUCUAAUAUUGUAUAGACAGAAGAACAAAUAAUAAUAAAAAAAUGUGCUGACACCUUAAAAAUUGGAAUUGUUACAGGAGAAUCGUAAAUUACUUAGUCACAUAUUCAAUAUGGGAAAUUUAAAUGGGAAAGACAAUCUCCAUAGUGUAAUGCUGAGGUAUUUCUUUCUAUAAUAAUCAUAAUAGGAUGAGAAGAGCUAUGAUAGAGAAAAAAAUAGAUGUCUCUAAAAUAUCCAAAAAAAUUAAAGGAAAAAUUGUGUCUUAGCUUUUGAGAUAUGAGAGCCAUACCUCUCUCCACGAGGCAUUUUUAAGGUAAAAUAAUAAAUUAUCAGUAAGAUGGAAAGUACGGGCCGAUCCUGAAAUAGUAAAGAAAGCAGUUGAUUAAAUUCUUCUCAACUCCAGAUUGAAUGAAUUCAAUGCCUUUCACAAGCUGAAAAAUCUUCUAGGGUAAAAAUGUAUAUUGAACUUUAGAUAAAAAGAUCUUCAAAAAAAAAUGAACGCCAAGAAAAGAAAAAAUAUGUGUUUGAUGAAUUUAGCACUUUUCCUUUAAAAGAAAGAGUUUUAAUUAAAAACUGCUGCUGUUGCCGCCUUGAAACCAAAAAAUUAAGAUUCAGACAAAAUGUUAGGUUUGCUUUUAUGGAGCAUCAGUUCUAAACAUAGAGAGAGAUAUUUAAGAGAGAAAUUCAAUUGGUGGAGACUUUAUUCCAAGGUAAAAUCAGAUAAGUUAUAAAAAUAAUUGAAAGCUCUUGAAAGAUUAGGAGAUGAAUACAACAUGAGAAAUGAUAGAUUAGAUAGAUAAAGACUUAAAGAGGUAUGAGAUAUAUGAGAUUAUGAUUAGGCUUUUGAAAAGUGGAGAGGUGAUUUAAUGAACUUUAGACUCAAAAAAAAGUUUUUCUCUGUACUUCUAAAGACAACAUUUGGUAGAUUAUAGAGAUGCUAUACUAGAUGGGUUGAUCUUCCUGACAAAAGAGAAAAUGACAUGAAAAAGUAAGGGAUGUUAUUGAUAACAAAAUUAACAAAUAAAGCUGAUCAGAAUAAAAGAUUGGUUUGGAAUAGCUUUAAGGCCAUUGAUGAUGAUGCCAAAAAUAAGAAGACAAAAGUCAUUAGAGAAUUAAUCGAAGUUACUUUCAAUCAAUCAUAUACAGCCUUCUAUAAAUGGGCUAAUUACAACACCUAUGCAAAACUAACUGAAACAAACCUAAGGAAAAUCAAAGCCCUAUAAGCUAGCGCAAAUGUUACUUAAUAAUUAGUAAAAUUUGAAACUUUUAAAUUAUUUGGAUUAAGUAAAAAAGCUGAAAUAUGUUCAUUUCUUAAUAAGUUGAUUUUAAAAAUCUAGCAAAGAUAAAAAAUAGAUGCUCUGAGAUAAAUUGAAAACGUUUCUAUGUAAAAGAAAAUGCAAGAGAAAUUAGACAACGUAAACAAACAAGAGAUAAUCUCAAGACUUGGGGAUACUGCAAAUAAAACAGAAAAAGGUUUGUUAAGGUAAGUGUUAAGAAAAUUUGCUUUAUUGAGAGAACAACAGGAAAUUAAAAACAAAUAUUUUGUUAGAAUUAUUUCAACCACAAGUGGAAUGGCUAUGGAUGCGUUUCGUAGGUGGAAAUAAUUGCCUGAUCCAGCUGAGUAAUAAAUGCUCUAAAAUGUUUCAAAAUUCUAGCUAAGGCUCUAAUUCCUUUUUAAAUAAAGAGUAAAAUAAUCGUUUGAUCCAUUAAAAGAAGUUUAUUAUUAAGGCAUCUAAUCUAAAAGAUUAUGUAUUAAAUAAAUGUUGGUCAAAUAGUUAAGUGCUCCAUAAAGAUUUUUGCGUUAAUGGCAAUCGAUGAAUAAAAUUUAUAAAUCUGUAAUAGCUUGCCAAAAAACUAAUAACUUUUUUGAUUCAUUGUAGGAUGUCUUAAAAAAUAAUAUAAAAGCAUUUUUAUCUACUAGAAAGGACGCAGAAAUUAAGGAGAAAUGUUUGAUCAAAUUAAUGUCCUCAUUUACAAACAACUUGAUGAUAGCAUUUUUAAAAUGGAAAAAUUAUAAUAAAUAAUAAAAAAUAUCAGAAAACUUGGGGGAUGAGAAAAAAAAGUUUAUGUUGCUUAAUUUAGAGAGAUUCAUAAAAAAUGAUAACUUAAAUAGAUUAAGAAGAAUUUUAAGACUCUUUUAUAAUGAGUAACAAGUAAAUCAGUUGAUUAAGAAAAUUCAAUUAAGAGUGCUUCAAACAUAAAUAGGAUAAGUUGAGUUAUCUUUUUAGAAAUGGAAAUCCUUACCUGGAGAUGAUGCAUUGAAAAAUUAAGCUAAAGUAAGUAAGUUUGCCAUUUCUCUUGGUAAAAUUUCAUAUAGAUUUGUAAAAUUAAACUCUUGGGACUAACUAGAAAAUAAUUUAUUAGAUGGAUAAGCUAAAAAGAAAUUUUGCAUCAAUAAAAUAAUUGCAAUAACCCAAAGUGAUUUAAAAAAAGCAUUUUUAUUGUGGCAUAGAAAAGCUUGGGAAAUGAAAAUGUUUGAUAAGUUCUCAUAACUUAAUGUUACGUUAAAUGAUUAGAUUGUUAAGUAAAAACUAAUUGGAUGGAUUAAUGCAGGCUCAAAAGUCAAAUUUUUUGCCUUAACUGAAGUAUUGAGAAGAUUUAAUUAAAAUGCAAUAGAACAUAAUCUUAAAAGAAAAGCAAUGGCUAUAAUAAACAGAAAUACAAUUUCUUAAGUUUGGCUUUCAUUUAAUAGAUGGAAGUAAUUGCCUGAAGAUAAUAAUAAUGAUCUAAAAGUUCAAGCAACCAAGUUUGAAGAAUCUCUUAGCAAGUUUGCGUUUCACAUUUUAAAAAAACACACCUGGAACCCUUUAUAGGAAGUUUAUGAUGAUGGUUUGGCAAUUAAAAAAAGAUCAGUAUUGCUAAUGAUAAAGACAUAAGAAUCAGAAUAACAAAGAACACUCGAUUAAUGGAACAAAAAUGUUUCAUUAAUUAGAGAAGUUGAGAGAUGCAAGGUUGUUAUAAGCUUGUUUGGAUUAUUAGGAUUGCAUAUCAAAAAUAAUAUUGCUCCAUUAAAGCCAGAUGAAGAAUCAUAAAAGAAAGAAAAGGCAUUACUCAGACUUAUUGGAAACUUUGAUAGUAACUUAAGAUAUUUCUUCAUGAAAUGGUAUAAUGAUGGAAAACUAGAGAAAUUAUAAGGAGCCAUGACUGAUGAAAAAAAGAAAUUGCUUUUAGAAGCAAUUAAUAAUUUCUCUAAAAAUAAUGAUUUCGCAAGAUUAAGAGCCAUUCUUGCAAAGUUCAGAAGAAACUCAAGUAUCACUGCUGUUCAAGAUAGAUUCUUUGCUAAAUUAUUUGCUACUUAAUUUGGAGGUGCAAUAAAGGCCUUCUAAAAAUGGAAAAACUUACCAGAGCCAGUCAAUACUGAAUAAUUAAAGAAUGCAAGAAAAUUUGAGAGAACCCUGGACAUUCUUUUCCACUCUCACUUAAAAGUCUCAUUUGACCCAUUAAAAGAAGAUUAUAUGGAUGCUUUGAACAUCAAGAGAAUGUGUUUAAGGAAAUUAUUUGAGAAGAGUAUGAGCGCACACAAGAGAUUAUUCUUGCUUUGGGCAUAAUAAAAUAGAUAAGCGAAACAAAUUGAAGUUUGUAGAUUGACUACUGCAUUAUUUGUAGGAUUAGCAUAAAUUGUAACUGCCAAUGUUCAACCAAUAAUGUAAAAUCCUCGUGAAGCUUAAGCGAAAGAAAAAGCUCUUCAUUUAAUCUUCUAAGGAUAAACAGAAAAUUUAUUAAGAGCAUUCUUUAAAUGGAGAAACUGGUCAUAAUAGGAUAGAAUGAAUGACAAUCUUGUGAACCAACUAUAAUCUGAACAAAGAAAGGAAUUAGUUGAUAGACUACAAGGAUUUUGCCAUGGCAAUAAAUUAAAUUUAUAUAGGCUUAUUUUAGCUAAAUUCUCUUUAGCCCAUAAGAAAGAGAAACUAAUUCUUUAAAUUAAUGCAAGAAUAUUAAGAACUCAAAUUGGAGCUGUUUGGGAUACAUUUAAUAAAUGGAAAAACCUCCCUGAGGCUAAUGCUGAUGAAUUAAUCAAAGCUAGUAAAUUUGAAACUUAAUUAAAUAAAUUUACUUUGCAUAUUUGGAGAAAAAGAACUUGGAAUCCUCUUUAAGAAGUUUAUGACGAUGCAUAAGCUUUAAAGAAGAGAGCAAUUAUUUUGAUGAUCAAGACACAAGAAUCUGAAUAAUAAAGAGCAUUGGAUUAAUGGAAUAAGAACGUUGGUUUAAUGAAAGAAGUAGAGAGAUGCAAAUGUGUCAUCGGAUUGUUUGGAUUCAUUGGUGUACAUAUAAAGAAUAAUAUUGCUCCUUUAAAGCCAGAUGAAGAAUCAUAAAAGAAAGAAAAGGCAUUACUCAGGCUUAUUGGAAACUUUGAUAGUAACUUAAGAUAUUUCUUCAUGAAAUGGUAUAAUGAUGGAAAACUAGAGAAAUUAUAAGGAGCCAUGACUGAUGAAAAAAAGAAAUUGCUUUUAGAAGCAAUUAAUAAUUUCUCUAAAAAUAAUGAUUUCGCAAGAUUAAGAGCCAUUCUUGCAAAGUUCAGAAGAAACUCAAGUAUCACUGCUGUUCAAGAUAGAUUCUUUGCUAAAUUAUUUGCUACUUAAUUUGGAGGUGCAAUAAAGGCCUUCUAAAAAUGGAAAAACUUACCAGAGCCAGUCAAUACUGAAUAAUUAAAGAAUGCAAGAAAAUUUGAGAGAACCCUGGACAUUCUUUUCCACUCUCACUUAAAAGUCUCAUUUGACCCAUUAAAAGAAGAUUAUAUGGAUGCUUUGAACAUCAAGAGAAUGUGUUUAAGGAAAUUAUUUGAGAAGAGUAUGAGCGCACACAAGAGAUUAUUCUUGCUUUGGGCAUAAUAAAAUAGAUAAGCGAAACAAAUUGAAGUUUGUAGAUUGACUACUGCAUUAUUUGUAGGAUUAGCAUAAAUUGUAACUGCCAAUGUUCAACCAAUAAUGUAAAAUCCUCGUGAAGCUUAAGCGAAAGAAAAAGCUCUUCAUUUAAUCUUCUAAGGAUAAACAGAAAAUUUAUUAAGAGCAUUCUUUAAAUGGAGAAACUGGUCAUAAUAGGAUAGAAUGAAUGACAAUCUUGUGAACCAACUAUAAUCUGAACAAAGAAAGGAAUUAGUUGAUAGACUACAAGGAUUUUGCCAUGGCAAUAAAUUAAAUUUAUAUAGGCUUAUUUUAGCUAAAUUCUCUUUAGCCCAUAAGAAAGAGAAACUAAUUCUUUAAAUUAAUGCAAGAAUAUUAAGAACUCAAAUUGGAGCUGUUUGGGAUACAUUUAAUAAAUGGAAAAACCUCCCUGAGGCUAAUGCUGAUGAAUUAAUCAAAGCUAGUAAAUUUGAAACUUAAUUAAAUAAAUUUACUUUGCAUAUUUGGAGAAAAAGAACUUGGAAUCCUCUUUAAGAAGUUUAUGACGAUGCAUAAGCUUUAAAGAAGAGAGCAAUUAUUUUGAUGAUCAAGACACAAGAAUCUGAAUAAUAAAGAGCAUUGGAUUAAUGGAAUAAGAACGUUGGUUUAAUGAAAGAAGUAGAGAGAUGCAAAUGUGUCAUCGGAUUGUUUGGAUUCAUUGGUGUACAUAUAAAGAAUAAUAUUGCUCCUUUAAAGCCAGAUGAAGAAUCAUAAAAGAAAGAAAAGGCAUUACUCAGGCUUAUUGGAAACUUUGAUAGUAACUUAAGAUAUUUCUUCAUGAAAUGGUAUAAUGAUGGAAAACUAGAGAAAUUAUAAGGAGCCAUGACUGAUGAAAAAAAGAAAUUGCUUUUAGAAGCAAUUAAUAAUUUCUCUAAAAAUAAUGAUUUCGCAAGAUUAAGAGCCAUUCUUGCAAAGUUCAGAAGAAACUCAAGUAUCACUGCUGUUCAAGAUAGAUUCUUUGCUAAAUUAUUUGCUACUUAAUUUGGAGGUGCAAUAAAGGCCUUCUAAAAAUGGAAAAACUUACCAGAGCCAGUCAAUACUGAAUAAUUAAAGAAUGCAAGAAAAUUUGAGAGAACCCUGGACAUUCUUUUCCACUCUCACUUAAAAGUCUCAUUUGACCCAUUAAAAGAAGAUUAUAUGGAUGCUUUGAACAUCAAGAGAAUGUGUUUAAGGAAAUUAUUUGAGAAGAGUAUGAGCGCACACAAGAGAUUAUUCUUGCUUUGGGCAUAAUAAAAUAGAUAAGCGAAACAAAUUGAAGUUUGUAGAUUGACUACUGCAUUAUUUGUAGGAUUAGCAUAAAUUGUAACUGCCAAUGUUCAACCAAUAAUGUAAAAUCCUCGUGAAGCUUAAGCGAAAGAAAAAGCUCUUCAUUUAAUCUUCUAAGGAUAAACAGAAAAUUUAUUAAGAGCAUUCUUUAAAUGGAGAAACUGGUCAUAAUAGGAUAGAAUGAAUGACAAUCUUGUGAACCAACUAUAAUCUGAACAAAGAAAGGAAUUAGUUGAUAGACUACAAGGAUUUUGCCAUGGCAAUAAAUUAAAUUUAUAUAGGCUUAUUUUAGCUAAAUUCUCUUUAGCCCAUAAGAAAGAGAAACUAAUUCUUUAAAUUAAUGCAAGAAUAUUAAGAACUCAAAUUGGAGCUGUUUGGGAUACAUUUAAUAAAUGGAAAAACCUCCCUGAGGCUAAUGCUGAUGAAUUAAUCAAAGCUAGUAAAUUUGAAACUUAAUUAAAUAAAUUUACUUUGCAUAUUUGGAGAAAAAGAACUUGGAAUCCUCUUUAAGAAGUUUAUGACGAUGCAUAAGCUUUAAAGAAGAGAGCAAUUAUUUUGAUGAUCAAGACACAAGAAUCUGAAUAAUAAAGAGCAUUGGAUUAAUGGAAUAAGAACGUUGGUUUAAUGAAAGAAGUAGAGAGAUGCAAAUGUGUCAUCGGAUUGUUUGGAUUCAUUGGUGUACAUAUAAAGAAUAAUAUUGCUCCUUUAAAGCCAGAUGAAGAAUCAUAAAAGAAAGAAAAGGCAUUACUCAGGCUUAUUGGAAACUUUGAUAGUAACUUAAGAUAUUUCUUCAUGAAAUGGUAUAAUGAUGGAAAACUAGAGAAAUUAUAAGGAGCCAUGACUGAUGAAAAAAAGAAAUUGCUUUUAGAAGCAAUUAAUAAUUUCUCUAAAAAUAAUGAUUUCGCAAGAUUAAGAGCCAUUCUUGCAAAGUUCAGAAGAAACUCAAGUAUCACUGCUGUUCAAGAUAGAUUCUUUGCUAAAUUAUUUGCUACUUAAUUUGGAGGUGCAAUAAAAGCCUUCUAAAAAUGGAAAAACUUACCAGAACCAGUCAAUACUGAAUAAUUAAAGAAUGCAAGAAAAUUUGAGAGAACCCUGGACAUUCUUUUCCACUCUCACUUAAAAGUCUCAUUUGACCCAUUAAAAGAAGAUUAUAUGGAUGCUUUGAACAUCAAGAGAAUGUGUUUAAGGAAAUUAUUUGAGAAGAGUAUGAGCGCACACAAGAGAUUAUUCUUGCUUUGGGCAUAAUAAAAUAGAUAAGCGAAACAAAUUGAAGUUUGUAGAUUGACUACUGCAUUAUUUGUAGGAUUAGCAUAAAUUGUAACUGCCAAUGUUCAACCAAUAAUGUAAAAUCCUCGUGAAGCUUAAGCGAAAGAAAAAGCUCUUCAUCUAAUCUUCUAAGGCUAAGCUGAGAACUUAAGCAGAGCAUUCUUUUUGUGGAGAAAUAGAGCUCAAUAGGAAAGAAUGAACUAAAACUUCGAAGAUGCUUUAACAAUAGAAAAGAAAAAAUAAUUGACUGAGUAAUUGGUUUAAUUUGAAAAUGGAAAUAAAUUUGCCUUAUAUAGAUAAAUUUUGGCUAAAUUCUCUUUAGCCCAUAAGAAAGAGAAACUAAUUCUUUAAAUUAAUGCAAGAAUAUUAAGAACUCAAAUUGGAGCUGUUUGGGAUACAUUUAAUAAAUGGAAAAACCUCCCUGAGGCUAAUGCUGAUGAAUUAAUCAAAGCUAGUAAAUUUGAAACUUAAUUAAAUAAAUUUACUUUGCAUAUUUGGAGAAAAAGAACUUGGAAUCCUCUUUAAGAAGUUUAUGACGAUGCAUAAGCUUUAAAGAAGAGAGCAAUUAUUUUGAUGAUCAAGACACAAGAAUCUGAAUAAUAAAGAGCAUUGGAUUAAUGGAAUAAGAACGUUGGUUUAAUGAAAGAAGUAGAGAGAUGCAAAUGUGUCAUCGGAUUGUUUGGAUUCAUUGGUGUACAUAUAAAGAAUAAUAUUGCUCCUUUAAAGCCAGAUGAAGAAUCAUAAAAGAAAGAAAAGGCAUUACUCAGGCUUAUUGGAAACUUUGAUAGUAACUUAAGAUAUUUCUUCAUGAAAUGGUAUAAUGAUGGAAAACUAGAGAAAUUAUAAGGAGCCAUGACUGAUGAAAAAAAGAAAUUGCUUUUAGAAGCAAUUAAUAAUUUCUCUAAAAAUAAUGAUUUCGCAAGAUUAAGAGCCAUUCUUGCAAAGUUCAGAAGAAACUCAAGUAUCACUGCUGUUCAAGAUAGAUUCUUUGCUAAAUUAUUUGCUACUUAAUUUGGAGGUGCAAUAAAAGCCUUCUAAAAAUGGAAAAACUUACCAGAACCAGUUAAUACUGAAUAAUUAAAGAAUGCAAGAAAAUUUGAGAGAACCCUGGACAUUCUUUUCCACUCUCACUUAAAAGUCUCAUUUGACCCAUUAAAAGAAGAUUAUAUGGAUGCUUUGAACAUCAAGAGAAUGUGUUUAAGGAAAUUGUUUGAGAAGAGUAUGAGCGCACACAAGAGAUUAUUCUUGCUUUGGGCAUAAUAAAAUAGAUAAGCGAAACAAAUUGAAGUUUGUAGAUUGACUACUGCAUUAUUUGUAGGAUUAGCAUAAAUUGUAACUGCCAAUGUUCAACCAAUAAUGUAAAAUCCUCGUGAAGCUUAAGCGAAAGAAAAAGCUCUUCAUCUAAUCUUCUAAGGCUAAGCUGAGAACUUAAGCAGAGCAUUCUUUUUGUGGAGAAAUAGAGCUCAAUAGGAAAGAAUGAACUAAAACUUCGAAGAUGCUUUAACAAUAGAAAAGAAAAAAUAAUUGACUGAGUAAUUGGUUUAAUUUGAAAAUGGAAAUAAAUUUGCCUUAUAUAGAUAAAUUUUGGCUAAAUUCUCUUUAGCCCAUAAGAAAGAGAAACUAAUUCUUUAAAUUAAUGCAAGAAUAUUAAGAACUCAAAUUGGAGCUGUUUGGGAUACAUUUAAUAAAUGGAAAAACCUCCCUGAGGCUAAUGCUGAUGAAUUAAUCAAAGCUAGUAAAUUUGAAACUUAAUUAAAUAAAUUUACUUUGCAUAUUUGGAGAAAAAGAACUUGGAAUCCUCUUUAAGAAGUUUAUGACGAUGCAUAAGCUUUAAAGAAGAGAGCAAUUAUUUUGAUGAUCAAGACACAAGAAUCUGAAUAAUAAAGAGCAUUGGAUUAAUGGAAUAAGAACGUUGGUUUAAUGAAAGAAGUAGAGAGAUGCAAAUGUGUCAUCGGAUUGUUUGGAUUCAUUGGUGUACAUAUAAAGAAUAAUAUUGCUCCUUUAAAGCCAGAUGAAGAAUCAUAAAAGAAAGAAAAGGCAUUACUCAGGCUUAUUGGAAACUUUGAUAGUAACUUAAGAUAUUUCUUCAUGAAAUGGUAUAAUGAUGGAAAACUAGAGAAAUUAUAAGGAGCCAUGACUGAUGAAAAAAAGAAAUUGCUUUUAGAAGCAAUUAAUAAUUUCUCUAAAAAUAAUGAUUUCGCAAGAUUAAGAGCCAUUCUUGCAAAGUUCAGAAGAAACUCAAGUAUCACUGCUGUUCAAGAUAGAUUCUUUGCUAAAUUAUUUGCUACUUAAUUUGGAGGUGCAAUAAAAGCCUUCUAAAAAUGGAAAAACUUACCAGAACCAGUCAAUAAUGAGUAAAUGAAAAAUGCAAGAAAAUUUGAAAGAACAUUAGAUUUACUUUUUAGGGGCAGAGUUAAAGCAUCAUUUGAACCAUUAAAAGAUGUUUAUUAGGAAGGAAAUAGCAAAAAGUUGUAUUGUUUAAGAAAAUUAAUGACACUUGCGAUGGGUUAAAAUAAAAGAUUAUUCUUGUAUUGGAGAGAUAUAAAUAGAUUACAUAAGUCAAUCGAAACAUGCAAAUAUACCACUAAUUUAUUUUAAACACUUGCUUUCACAUUAGCAGGACAUGUUUAGACAAUAUUUAAGCCCAAUAAAUAAUAAGAAAGUGUCUUAGCUAAAAUGUUAUAAAACUAUAAUAAUACUUUAAGGUGGGCUUUUGUUCAUUGGAAUAAUUAAGCUAAAUAAGCUAAGAUUUAAACUUAAUUGGAUGAUGAAAAGAAAAAAUUGUUACUAUUUGCACUCCAUAGAAAUUUAAGAACAAAUGAUUAAGGAAAAUUGCGAGACAUUUUGAGAAAGUUUUCAAAGGAAAGGUAGAAGUAAGCAUUAAUAAAGAAAAUAUAAAUCUAAUUAUUGCAUACAUUUGUAGGGUAGAUAGAAGUAUCAUUCUCAAAAUGGAAAGCUCUACCAGAUACUAAAGAAUUAGAUCAAAUGAAAGCAAAUAUAUUUGAAAAAUCUCUAAAUCGAUUCAAAAUUCAUAUGAUGAGAAAGUCAACUUACAAUUAAUUAUAUAAUAUUUACUUAGAUGGAUAGGCAAAAUAAAAAUAUUCUAUAAAUAAAAUGUUGUAUAAUUGUAUGAGUGCUUAAAAGAAAGCGUUUUUGAAAUGGUACAAAGUUGUUGAAUUCAGCAAAGCAGCAGAGGCUUUCGAUAUUUCAGACAAGAAGAAACUUGCAAUUUAAUUAUUUUACUAACAUAAAAUGAACUAAUUAAAUGUAGCUUUUGUUGAAUGGAAGCGUUUGUCAUCACAUUUAACUAACAAACAAGAGACUGCAUAAGAGAGAGAAGUUAGAUUAAAGAGGGAGGCAAUUCUUUUAUUCUAAAACUUUGCAUAAAUAAGAUUAAGAAUAUAUUUCUAAAGGUGGAACAUAAGAGCUGUUAAGAAGAAUAUGAUUUCAGUAUUUAACGCAAUUUAAAAAUUACUUUUAUUCAACAUGAAACAGGAUAGAGAAUUAAUUAAAGAGGCAUUAGAUAUUUGGAGAGGACCAAAACUGUAAAAUUAAUGGUUCUAAAGAGUAGCUGAAAUGAUUGCAAAGAAUACAAGAAUUACUCCAUAAAUAGCAUUUUGGAGAAUGAGGGAUAACGCAACUACAUAAAAAGCUGUCAGUUUAAAUACUUUGUAAAUAGUUAAAUGCAAAAAGUUGAUAAAUAAUUUGCUUAAGGCAUAUGAUAGAGUGAGAUAAAGAGCAUUUACCAAUAUAGAACACUUUGGAAGAGGAAUAACUGAUGCAAGUUCAUUCUAACCAUCACAUUCAAGUUUCUUAUAAUAGACCCCUGUUCGAGAUUCUUAGGCGAAAUCCUAAAUGGAAUCAAUUAUUUUAAAGAAUAGUUAAUAGGUAGCUCUUAGUACUUUGUAAAGAGUAUUCCGAAGACAUUUGAAAUUCAGAUUCACUGAAUUAGUUUUAAUUGCUUCGCAAUGCUAGAAGUUAGGUGAAUAGAUGUUAAAAAGUUCAAUUUAACCAACUUAAUACAAAUUCAUUCAUAAAAAAAUGGCAACUGAAAAAUUGAUUGGCGUUAUUGAGAGAAAUCUUUAAUUAAAAGAAUUAGUAUUUUUAAACUCAAUUGCUAAUGUAAAUAUUUUAUCAUAUUUUAGUAAUCGGAUCCAGAUUUGCUGAAAAGAAUGAAUGAAUUAAUUGAAGAAAAUAGUAGAUUAAGAGACUAAGCAACUAAUGAUGAGACAAUUAAUUCUAAAGAUUAAUAAAUCUCAGAGCAGCAAAGGUUAAUACAAGAUUUAAACACAAGGCUUGAUAGAAUGAGAGGCUAAAGGUAUAUUAAUAGUAAUAUAACAAUAGAAUGAUAAAAUCUUUAGAAGAAUAUUAAGAUCAUUUAGUUGAAGAUGGUUUCUUUGCAAUUGAAGAGUAUAAAAAAGAAUGAGUAUUCUUUGAACAAUAUAUUAAAUUUACAAUACAAAUUAC